AAGGCGGGAUGAAAUGUAUCUUUUUUUUCAAGGGAGAGGAAAUCCGAAGGAAACGUGUGGGUUCGAGCGCCGUGUUUGCCACUCCAAUGGAGCAAUAAGUACCCAAUAGUCGCACUGUUUGGCGGCUGCACGUGAGGUGAAUUCCGUCGCUGAAAACACGGGCGUGGUGGCCGACAAGUGAAGGUUGGCGUGGGGCCCGGGAGGAGGAGGAGGAGUGGGGAUACCAGCUGGGAUACCACCCGGGGGAUAAGGCGACCGUCGCUUUUGGCCCAAAAUGUCGAUCCAAUACGAGGUGGAGCAGCUUGCCGGUAGUUACGGGGUGGCCGACUCGUUUCCCAAAGACUUCGGCUACGGGGACGAAGAGGCGGAUAUCGAGGACAGCCCGGCGCCGUCCGACAGCAAGCCGAGGAUCCUGCUCAUGGGGCUGAGGAGAAGUGGCAAGUCAUCCAUACAGAAGGUGGUGUUCCACAAAAUGUCGCCGAACGAGACUUUGUUCCUGGAGAGCACCAACAAGAUCUACAAGGAUGACAUCUCCAGCAGCUCUUUCGUCAACUUCCAGAUCUGGGACUUCCCGGGCCAGGUGGACUUCUUCGACCCCACCUUCGACUACGAGAUGAUCUUCAGGGGAACCGGAGCCCUCAUCUUUGUCAUCGACGCUCAGGACGACUACGUGGAGGCCCUGGGGCGACUCCACCUGACUGUGUCACGGGCGUACAGGGUCAACCCGGAGAUCAACUUCGAAGUGUUCAUCCACAAGGUGGACGGCCUCUCGGACGACCACAAGAUCGAGACCCAGCGGGACAUCCACCAGAGGGCCAACGACGACCUGGCCGACGCCAGCCUGGAGAAGCUCCAUCUCAGCUUUUACUUGACGAGUAUCUACGACCACUCCAUCUUUGAGGCCUUCAGCAAGGUGGUACAGAAGCUCAUCCCGCAGCUGCCCACGUUGGAGAACCUGCUCAACAUCUUCAUUUCUAAUUCAGGGAUCGAGAAGGCCUUCCUGUUCGACGUGGUGAGCAAGAUCUACAUCGCCACCGACAGCUCUCCUGUGGACAUGCAGUCGUACGAGCUGUGCUGCGACAUGAUCGACGUGGUCAUUGACGUUUCCUGCAUAUACGGUCUGAGGGAGGACGGCAGCGGCAGCGCUUACGACAAGGAGUCCAUGGCCAUCAUCAAGCUCAACAACACCACCGUGCUCUACCUGAAGGAGGUCACCAAGUUCUUGGCGCUCGUAUGCAUCCUCAGGGAAGAAAGCUUUGAGCGCAAAGGCUUGAUCGACUACAACUUCCACUGUUUCCGCAAGGCCAUCCACGAAGUGUUUGAGGUGGGCGUUUUGUCGCAGCGCCCGCUCGGGACGCUGCCCGUGGGCUCGCCGGCGCGCGGCAAGGCCGUUGCGCUCAACGGCACGCCGCGCAACACCGUCUAAGACUCUGGACACUCGCAAAAGACGCUCAGGACCAGCCAAAGGAAGAGGCCGAGGCCCGCGCGCUCAGCCAGGCCUCAAGUGGCUCCCCGCAGCAGACAAGGAUUUUCUUUCUUGGUCGUUUGAAGACGACCGUUGGGAGGGACCAAUGGUCGCCCGCGUCGGCGGGAUCGUGAUGCACCCACUCGUCCACUUGUCAAGGAAAUCCAAAAUAAACACUGAAGGUAAGGCACAUGGGAACGAUGGCCUUACCAAAGCAUCUGAGUCGCACCCCCCACCCCCAUUGCUACCGGGACGCCGCUUCCUGUGAUUGCACGCGUGGAGAGAGCACGCUCGAAAGGGAUUGGAUGUGUGCGUGACUGCACCCGAAUGCACGUGGGAAUAUGCGUUUGUGUGUUGGGUUGAGCUGGUGUGAUUUUGUGUGUUGUUGUUCUUCUUUUUCUCCUCCUCAAUAAAGACAACUAAUUCCA